AUGGGGAAGACCUGGUUCUCAGCUGGGCUUCUGUGUCACAAACAGAAAUAUCACCCAGGUUUGGGGACUCCUGGGGCUCUCCGUGUGGUGCUGACAGACACAAGACCAGAGACAGUGCAGGCCAGUGCCAGGGGAAGUAAUCUUGCCCCAAGAAAAGGCUUAGCACACAGGCACAAGGGACAGCAGAUACCGCCAGUGGAUCCAGAAGUGCCUGUGAGCCUCGCUAGAACUCCAGCCGUUCUUGCAGAGGAACGAACAGAGGAGUCAGAGGACACCAUGGACUCCCCCUCAGCUGCCACUUGCAGAAAAUUUGUGCUCUGGCAUGGACUACUGCUGACUGUUUCACUUGUAACCUUCUGGAGCUCGCCCACCUCUGCCCAACUCGCUAUUGUGUCAACCACUGCUGCAGAAGGGGCAGAUGUGCUUCUGCGCAUGCGCAAUAAGCCUCCCAAUGUGAAAGCCUUGGUCUGGUACAAAGGAGAAGGGGCGAACCCAAAUCGUUACAUCGUGUCUUUUGCAAUGGACAAACAAUUACUGGGAAGGGGGCCUGAAUUUAGUGGUCGAGAAUCAGUAGAUGGUGAAGGAUCCAUGCUGAUUAAGAAAGUCACCUUGAAGCACUCAGGAUACUACACUGUGGUCAUCCAUCUUCAAAAUCGCAUAAAAGAAAUAGGAUUCGGACGCCUCCGUGUGUAUGAGCCUGUGAUAAUGGCCAACCUUGUAGCCAGCAACACCACAGUCACUGAGAAUAAGGAUGCUGUGGUCUUGACCUGCUACACAAAGGGACUCUCCAUACAGUGGAUCUUCAAUGGCAUGAAUCUGCGACUUACAGAGACGAUGAAGCUGUCCUGGCAAAACAGAACCCUUACCAUAAACCCUGUCAGAAGAGAGGAUGCUGGAAAUUAUCAGUGUGAGGCCUCGAACCCCAUCACUUUUGCUUAUAGUGUGCCCCUGCAGCUGAAUGACUGGAAAGUUACUGGAAGUGCCCUGAAGAUGCAGAGGCUCCAGGAACUUAUGAAACAGGACAAACUAGACCACGAUGACCACCGGGCCCUGCACCCAAAGAUGACAUUGAAACAAGCUACAGCCCAAGACAUCCAGCUCUGCAACCACUCCCAUCACCCGAUAGAAACUCUCAGUCCUGACCCCUCAGUGCUGGUGCUGGUUCAAGUGCACCUCUCUGCACCCAGCCCUUUUCCACUGGGAGAAACUAAACCUGAGGAGGGGAUGGAGAUGGUGACAGUGAAGGUUGAUUUGGAAGAGAGUAUUAUAGUUAAGAGAUCUGUCCAUGGGCCAACCCCCCUGGUCACCCAGUUUGUAUUGGAUCCAGGCCAUAGUGCAAUAGAAAGCGAAGCACUUGGGCUGGAGGUCGAUAAAUACCAGAACUUUCAGACUCAAGACCAAGACACAGCAGAGGCCAGUGCUGGGGUGAUGAGGCCAUCAUCUCAGGACACAUGUGACCCCAUCAGCCUUGCUAUUGCCAUCUCACUCUUAAACUUCUGGAGCCUGCCAACCACUGCCCAGCUUGCUAUUGUGUCGACCAAUGUUGCUGAGGGGAAAGAUGUGCGUCUGCGUCUCCGCAAUGUACCUUCUGAUUAUAUAGGCAUUGUGUGGUACAGGGGAGACAGGGUGAAAAGCCAGCAGGCUAUCGCAUCUCUUUUCAUAAACCUAAGAAUGUACAUAAUUGAGGCUGCAAACAGCGGUCGAGAAAAUAUCGUCUAUGAUGGGUCCUUGCUGAUAAAGAAGGUCACCAUGAAGGACGCAGGAGUCUAUACUGUAGUAGUCAACCUUCCAGGUUCAAAAAAAGAAAUAGGAUUUGGACGACUUAAUGUAUACCAGCCCGUGAGAAAGCCCACCCUCCUUGUCAGCAACCCCAUAGUCACAGAGAAUAAGGAUGCUGUGGUCCUGACCUGCGACACAAAUGCGGCAUCCACCCAGUGGUUGUUCAAUGGCAUGAAUCUUCAGCUCUCAGAAAGAAGGAAGCUGUCCCAGGACCACAGAAACCUCACCAUAGACCCUGUCCAGAGGGAAGACGCCGGGAUUUACCAGUGUAAAGUCUCCAACCCCAUCAGUUCUGCUGAAAGGCCUGUGAAAGUGCCCAUUCUCCUACCCAGAAACGGCACAAUCACAGAAAAUGAGAAUGCCGUGGUCUUGACCUGCUACACAAAUGCAGAUUCCAUUGAGUGGUUCUUCAACAGCAUGAAUCUGCGCCUCUCGGAGAGAAGGAAGCUGUCAGAGGACCACAGAAGCCUCACCAUAGACCCCAUACAGAGGGAGGAUGUUGGUUAUUACCAGUGUAAAGUCUCCAACCCCAUCAGUUCUGCUGAAAGUUGGCCCCUUGAGCUGCAUCUGCAACAUGAUUGA